AUGGUCCUAGAAUCAGAUGUUUUCCACUGGUUCUGGCUACCAGUCCACCACAAAUCAAAACACAACAACACGCUUUGCUUUAAGACUGACACCAUGGUAGAGUCCACUACCACUACCACCUACAUGCCGCCAGAGUCCCCAACCCUCCGCCGCCACAACUCCCUCGCCGCCGCAUCGGCCAGCAAACUAGCCAUCCCCACCUCUACGCCGCCGCAGCGCACGACGAGCUUGGAACUUGUCUCCUUAAAAUCCCCCUUCUCCGUCUCCUACACAUCCCUCAGAGACGUGCUCCCUUCCCCCAACGCCGCCGUGAAUUCCCCCACCGCCUCCGCGUACUCCGCCCGAGAGAUUUCCAUCCGCAACCGCCUCGUAAAGCAGGCUGCUUGGGCCUACCUCCAGCCCAUGUCCGGCUCCCCCAACGGCGCCUCCACCCCCCACUGCCUCCGCCGCCUCUCCGCCACCUGCCUCGGCUUCUUCUUCCACCACAUGGUCCCCGCAGUUUCCCGAUUUUUCCGUCGAAUGAUUCGCGCUAUCAGGGUCCACGUGUGCACGCGAUGCUACUCUUGA